CAGUGCCUGCGUCUGCGGCUUUGGGGAAAAAAAAAUAAUAAGCCGACUUGCGGAGGGGCACGCAAACCAAAAGUGUCCGGGAGACAGACAGGUGUCGCGGAAGUUUACACUUGCAGAGCCGCAUCCCUCCGCGUCUUUUUUGUCAGUAUCUGGGAUAACGUGAAAGAGACUGUAACUGGCGGUCAUCCUGCACCCACUGAUCCUGUGGUUUUCCCAGCCUCGGCCCCCAGAGCAGCAGAGCCCGUGCCUCUCCUGCUCCUCCUGUCUUGGACCACCAGCAGCAGAAGCUCAGUGUGGUGAGGCCGGGAACAAUGGGUCGGAAACUGGACCUGUCGGGCCUGACGGAUGACGAGGCGGACCACGUCUUGAAAGUGGUCCAGCGGGACAUGAAGCUGCGAAAGAAGGAGGAGGAGAGGCUGAGUGAGAUGAAGCAGGAGCUGGCGGAGGAAGGCAGCAGAUGCUCCAUCCUCUCCAAGCAGCACCGCUUCAACGAGCACUGCUGCAUCCGCUGCUGCGCGCCCUUCACCUUCCUGCUCAACCCCAAGCGCCACUGCCUGGACUGCCAGUACAACGUCUGCAAGACCUGCUGCACCUACAGCAAGAAGGACAAAGCCUGGCUCUGCUCGGCAUGCCAGAAGGGCAGGAUUUUGAGGACACAGUCCCUUGAAUGGUACUAUAACAAUGUGAAGAGUCGCUUCAAGAGGUUCGGCAGCGCCAAGGUUUUGAAGACUCUAUACAGGAAGCACAUUAUCGAGAGAGGAGCGCUCUCUGAUCUCCCAGAAAGCAGUGUUCACGAGGGAAGCACCGGCAACGACAAUGAUGGCAGCGUCUGUGGCAGUGACUCCGCCUUCUACAAACAGAGUGAAGGACACAGUAUGGCAGAGACUCUCACAGUCGCCCUGCGCGUUGCUGAGGAGGCCAUAGAAGAGGCCAUCACUAAGGCAGAGGAGUUCAGUGACAGCUUGGAGAAGCAGAAUGAGGCUCGGUAUCUGCGGGACCACAAAGAAGAGCUCAUAGAGGAACUUGCAACAACCAUUGUACAAAAAAUCAUCCAGAGGAGGAAGCGUUCAGAGAUGCAGACAGAGUAUGACUUUGUCUGGCCUCAGCCUCAGUCCUUGAUCCAGCCCAGUGAGCUGCCCUCUCCAUCUCAACCUCACACUUCUUCACAAGGACCACAGGACCCCCUCAAGACCCCUAACUCCCUCUGGCGGUCUCGGUCAGCGUUCUCCCUCACCAGUGACGACUCCCCAGAGAAGGGUCCAGAGGAGGAGGGCGCCGGAGCAGGUGGUGGCUUGCAAGAGUACGCUUCUCUGAAGAGGGAGGCCAAGGCCACGUCUCUACCGAGCUGGAAGAGUGUUGAUCGCCUAGACAACUCCAGUGCAUCCUCAGUGCUCCAGAGCCCAGACGGUAACUGGAUCGCUCUGCACAGUUCUCAGCUGUCUCGGCCCAGCCUGCUCACCAAGAGGAAGAGCCUUGUGUUCAGUGUGUUGGAAAAGGAGUCAGGCGUCGUCUCAGCAUACGACGAGAUGGGAUCCGACUCUGACGAGGACAAUGAAGGCGGCUGGGGUGCAGCGUUGAGACAGUUCCGGCGCAAAUUGUCCGACGAGACUUACUACACGGACUCACAGCACGACCCAGAGUGGACGUACACCCAGCACCUGCCCAUUACCUCACCAUCCUCUGGCCAGUACACCAACACAGAGACUCUCAACUCAGACUCUGAGGCUUCGUCAGUGUUGUCCGCGUGUCCUCGCAAAACACCUCAUAACCUGUUGAGGAAGAAAGGACCACCGGAAACACACCUGCAUCCUCAGCACCAGCCCCUAUACCACCAACACCAUCAGCAGAACUGCUCUCCGUAUCCUCUCCAUUCAGAUGCACUGGAUGUGAACUUUAACCCUAAGGUGAUGGGAGACAGCAGUGAGGCCGAGGAGAGACAGAGCGAUCCUGUCAGGAGGUCACGGCGACGCAGGAAAAGCAAGAGGGAGUCCUCCACAGAGCAAAGCAGGCUUGGAGGCCAGAGCCACACACAGUCCAUCUACCCCAUAGUGCAGGAGAACAGUGGUUUUCUGCUCAACGCCCUGCUGAAGAGGGGUUUAAGUGAGGAACAUCCAGUACCAGACACUAUGCCAGUGGCCACAGCUGCACCAGACGCCUUCAAAUUAGAUGCCAUGACACCAGAGCCAGAAGACUUGGACACAGUGGCCCCGAAUUCAGCGUCCCUGAGCCCCCCCCAGUCCCACUCUCUAGCUCCAGAGUCCCAGCUCUCGGCCAGCAGCUCAGGGCCCGGAGACCCUCUGGAGGAGGAACUACGUUCCAGACUCAGCCAGCUGGUCCACCGUGCCAACAGCAAAGACAGCAGCUCAUCUGAAGAGGAGUGCUCAAAGUGGCCUGUGGACAAGCAGAUAGAUAAAGAAAGUGACAGACAGAGAGAGAAGAUGAGGCUGAAGGACACGGAGAGAGAAAGGCAGAGAGCAAGUGACAGAUUGAGAGAGAAAGCAAGUGAAACAGUGGAACAAGUGAAUGGACAAGAGAUGAAAAGAGGUGAGAGACUAAUAAAGAGUCCCUCUGUGAGAGAGGAAGGAAGAGUGAGGGAGAGGAGGUUAGAGAAAGCAGUGGAAUGUUUGGAAGAGAAAGUAGAUGACCAGGAACAAACGAGAGUAGACAAGAGAGAGCCAAACAGACAAAGUAAGAGACAGCAUAAAAGAGAUGUGGAGAAGGAAGCCGCACAGAGAGGAGGAGGAGGAGGAGGAGGAGGGAGGAGGAGUGGCUCAAGCACAAGUUCACCUGCUAUUACACCUUCAUCCCAGGAGGGGGUGCUGUCAGAUAACCAGGAGGGACAGAGUGACUUGGAGCAACAGCAGAGGCUUCAGUUGCUCUCCUCUCUCUUACAGCAGAAGUACUCGGCGGCCUCUCUCUGCAGCAUCACUACAGAGGUGCUGAAGGUUUUGAAUGCUACAGAGGAGCUGAUUGGUGAGGCCGGAGGUGAGAGCUACACCCCGUCUGAGUCCAUGAGCGCUUCUCCCAUCUCCAGCAGCUCGGAGAACCGCAGGCUGGACCAGAGGCUGACCAAGAUGGAGGAGAAUGUGUACCUUGCUGCCGGUGCUGUCUACGGCCUUGAGGGGGCACUGGGAGACCUAGAGCAGUGUGCCCGCAGUAUUAGCAGUGGUACCACAGACACAGAGCUGGCCUUCCUGGAAGACCAGGUGGCCACUGCAGCCGCUCAGGUCCAGCAGUCUGAAUUACAGAUAUCAAACAUUGAGGCCAGGAUAUCAUCUCUGAAAACAGCUGGGUUGAAUGUGACUGUCUGCAAUCGCUUCUCCAAGUACAAGCCAAAGGCCAAGCCUGAGACUCUGGACUCAUCACGCCAUCAACGGAGAAAGCUUCCAGCACCUCCACUGAAAGAAAAGUUGGAGCCAGAGCAGCAGGUGAAAGUGUUUCGGCCAUAGUGACAGUCAGGCAGCACAACGAGUCCCUCAGGGCCACUUCAGAACCCCAGGGACGGGGGCCGUUCUCAUCCAGUGCCUUGACCCAGCGUCCGCCUUCAGCUCCAAGCCGAGCAGGGACCAACACCUGCCCUGUGUGACCCACCAAGCACUGGCUCUUUCCCUAUUUCCACUUUAUCCUCCAUUUUCCCCUCACAUAAUGCGUCAAGCACGGAUGACUCAACAGCUGGUGUCUCUGCCUUAAAAUCUGCAAACACUCCUCAUGACCCAACUCCAAAAGAAUACCUGUACAGACAAAGAAAAAACUCUCAUUUCCUUUUUCUAUCUGUUUGCAAGAGUAUUGUGGUUUAAUGUACAAUGAAGAUGUGGAAAAAUCAUGUGAAACUUUCUGUGAUUCAGUGUCCCUAAAAGAGGCUGAGCCGUGUUUUAUACUGCAUCUUCUUUCUCACCAAAUGAUAUGUCAUGAGGAAUUUUAUCAUACUGUAAGCCCCUCCCCUUCAGAGCUUUUUUGGAUGAUUGUCAGUUCACACACACACACUCACACACACACACACACACAAAGCUAUCAUUUUAGGGAUGAUUGUAAAACCUUUGACAUCUUAACCAUUUUAAUGCACUUACCAGAAAAUAGUGUUUAAUUGAAGAAAGUAUCAGGGUCAAAUCGUUUUUGUCCUUUCCUGCCGGUAAAAAUACUAAACCAUAAUAAAUGAAAAUAAAGCACAGUUGAGAAAUAUGUCAAUCAUGGUGGACAGCCUAAAACAAACCAGUUAAAAGAAUAAUGCAACAUUUAUAUAAUGUCCUUAUUCACUUUCUCACUGAGAGUUAAAUGAGACAGACCACUGGAUUGCACACUAAAUAUAAAGAAACUACAUUAUAGCUAUCUGAUGGUUAGUUAAGCUUAGCAUAACAAUGAAAAACGGGGAAACAGUUAAAACAGUUAGCCUAGCUCACAAAAAGCCUACCUCCAUCUCUGUAAGUGGCAAUAAGUGAUUUUUUAAAUCUUUUUUUUUAAAAAGCAGCUGAAUCAACGAACACAUCACUGAUCACAUAUUAAGUUGUUGCUCAUUUAUACAUAUUACAGUUAUGGAUUACUAUAGUGAUGGCUGUCAUUUGGAUUUUGCCACCCAGUGAAUGUAAGUCCAACAUACACUUUACUUUUAGCCCUGUUUUUAGUCUCUAAAAACUCUUGAGGGAAGUAUCUGGCUCUUUAGCUGCUAAAUGCUCCUCUAUUUUCACCAGCUAGCCACUAACUGUGUCUGUCUGAUGUUUUAGUGGACAGACAUGAGAGUGGUGUUGGUCUUCUCAUAUAACUCUCAGCAAGAAAGCAAAUUAAUGUAUUUUCCAAAAUGCCAUACUAUUUCUUAAAUAAAUGCCAAAUGUAAUGAGGAUUUUUUUUUCCCCAGUCAGCGCUCUCCCAUUCAUUUAGAAAAGGAAAUAUUGGUAAGACCUGAUCAGUAGAUAUACGUAUGCUAAAGCCUUAAUGUGGAAGCUGUUGGCUUUUAUAGUGAAAUUAGUUAAAAUAAGGUUUGAAGUCUGAGUGUCAAACCCAUAUUGGGCUCAACAUAAACCUGCAUAGGUCUGACAUUCAGGUCUGGUUUGAAAGAGUUUUUUUUUCUUAACUUUAUUUUUAUUUGGAAAGGACAACAUCAAAGAAUAUACAAACAACUGCAGUAUUUUUACAGGAAGCCCUUUUCCAUUUUUUAUAUGUAUGCAUAUGUAUGAAAAGAAGCAACUCAAGACAGAGUAGAAAUUGUGGGCCAUAAUUCAGACUUCAGGUACAUUUCCAUUCACCUCCACUUCACCUCCAAAAAGAGUUUAUCUACCUCUUUAUACACUUGUCCUUAUAUAGGUGUUAAUAUAUACUGCAUAUCUGCACCCACCCACAUACCCGCAAAUAAACAGCUAAUAAAUACGUGGCCCUUUUUCCUCUCUCCAUCAUCAAAGUUUUCAAUUUUACUUUCUUAGAUAUGUUCCUUCCCCCUCUGUUAGAAAUGCAUUAGAACCAUGGGAGCUUAAUUUAUUUCCAUUCCCAUAAUGAGGAGGAAAAAAAUAGAAUACAAGAUAUUAGUGGAAUCAAACAAAGGCUGCUCGCAUUGUGGUUAUAAAUUCUAUUCUCUAAAUACUUUUGGAUUGGAGUGUCAACUUUUUCCAGUUUAAACAUUUCUAAUGUGGGUGAUACUUGGUUUAACCGCUUUCUAGUAAUCAAUAUAUCUAUAUCUGUCCUCUGUUUAAAACAAAACAUGACCCAGAUAAAGUGUCCCCAAGUUCAGAAGUAUUUGAGUGAUGAAUACUGUACUUAAUGUUCUGUGAAUAAGCUCAUUGUAGUGCAGUCCCAAAAUAACUGAAAAUGAUUUGCAUCCAUUGAUCCACAUUGUCUCCAACAAGCCAAAUUUGUGUUCUUAUAUUUUUCCAGGUGUGGGGUCUUAAAAUAUUUUAUAAUAUUUUUCCAGCAAUGUUCUCUCUGUUCUAGAGAGUUAGGUGAGGACCACUGAACGCUGCCAGUUCUCCCCCAGGCCUCCUCAGAAAGCAUCGUCCCGGCCUCUCUUUCCCACUUUUUCUUUAAUGAACAAGGUGUUUUCAUUUUUAGCAAGAGAGCAUUGUACAAUUUAUCAUUGUACAAUCAAUGGACUUGAAAGAUGAUUUCAGGAUUUAAAAAAAAAAAACUCAUAUUCUGCUAUUGAUAUGUCUGUAGAUUUACAGUUCUGAGAAAGCAUUCUCAUUUUUGAUACUUUUUUUUUUUAAAUUCUUUUCUCAAUGCAGUAUUCUUCAACGCAAAGUUAUUUUCUUCCUCUCUGUCAUUUUCUUUGUUUACUUUAAAACAUUGUGGCCUUUUGUUUGAACAAAAAGGUAUCUUCAUGUUCUCCCUUUGCUGGGUCAUGUCUGAACUUUUUGUGUUGCAUUCAGAAAAUCUUGUAAAGAUUUUUACAAAAUGAAGUCUGAUGAGCUUUAUAAACAAAUGCCAUGAAACCAUGAUUUUGUUACAAGCAAUUUAUUUUUGUAUUUAAUGAACGUUUUUAUGCAAUACCACUGAGAUAAGUACUAUUGCAAAUUAAAGGCUUUAUUCCCUCCUCAAAGGAGCCCUCCUCAGUCAGUCCUAUCAUAUGUGAUGACUCAAAGUGCUUUCAGUGUAUGUCUGCAUUUACCAUUUGAUAUUCUGCAAGUAAUGACGAUGGUAAAUGCUACAAAAACACGAGUGACAACAGGCAUUUUAGGAGCGGCUGGUACGAUUCAUACUGUGUUUGUAGUUCUUAAAUGCUAGAUUUGAGAAUACUGCCUUUCAUUUUUUGGGUUCUUUUACUUUUACUCUGUGACCACUUACAUCAGUUUGAAUAUCAGUUAGCCAUGCACAUAGUUGUCAAAGUUUUUGCUUUGGCUACAGCUUAAGAGCAGGGUUGGCUUUCCUGCUGGACUGCUUGAACUAAAAGGUGUGAUGAUCUUCUGUAUGAAUGCUCUGCCCCUUCUAUUAGUGACCUUUUCAUCCCAGCCUUUCACAUCUCUGGUUUUGCACACUGAUCCUGUACUUUUGUCAAUCUUGUUCUCCAGAAGUGUUGAUGUAUAAAAAGCAUGUUUCUGGUUUUAUCAAAUUGAUGUAAAAAUUUCCCAUGAGAAGCACAGCCACAAGGGUCCAAUCAUCGGUGUCCUGUAUUUUUCUAAUGUAAAAAAAAAAAUAUUAUCUCACCACAGAAUUUGUUAAUAUAUGUAUAUGUGUGAAAAGAUGGAUAUGAUAUAGAAUAAUGUGUGUAUUGCCCAAUCAUAGUUGACCAAUCUUUCAGUGUUGUGUGCAAGAGACUGUGUAUAAUUGUUAUGACUGGAUUCGCGCAGGAAAUCUAAUUUUCUACCGUAACUGUGUCCCAGAUAAUCAGAAAUAAUGAGAUCCACACAGCUAAAAACAAUAUGACUUUUGUUCCUGUUUAAAUCCAGUGUGAAUGACUAUGAAGAGGUUCACUGUGCACAGCUCCACAGGCGGGCCAUCCACUUUUAUGUGCAAUUGUUUGUUGCGAUCCAUAUGACAUGUUGGGGAAAAUAUUAACGUGCAAAAAAUACAGAUUCUCUAUGUGCCACAGUACUCUGAGAAAAAAUGUAUAAUGAAAUGAAUAAAAUUUCAAAUGUAAAGCUU